AUGUCUUUGUUGCACGCUGAAACAUCAUACCCUCUUGUGAAGCGUCUUGUGGACCCCUCAGAGGCAGAGGUAGAGCAAGCCACCAAGGUCCUGGUUGAUGCUUUUAAAGGCGAUCCCUUUACGAACAUUCUCGUGGGUGGAAACAUGGACUUGGAACCCCUUCAAUUGGGUGCCAAUAUAAGAGCAGCCCUCAUUGGCGGUCAGGUCCACGUCAUAACGCUGGGACCACAACCAGAAGAUAUUGUCGGCGUGGCGUUAUGGUAUCCGCCCGGAUCAAGCUCUUUCUCUAGCGAAGAAGAGCGCGCGGCGGGCUGGAAUCAGUUUCUAGAGGCCGCACCGGAUGACUUGAGAAAGUGGUGGACAGAUUAUUUCAUUCCUUCCAUGACUCGGUUGAAUGCUGACACUCUUGGGUCGGGUUACACGCAUAACUCCUGGCACCUGCACAUAUUCGGGGUAAUGAGAGCACGUCAUCGUAAAGGUUACGGCAAAGCUCUAUACCGUCUAGUCGAAAAACAGGCAAAGGAAACCCACUCAUCUAUCGUGUUGGAAACCACAACAGUUCAGAUAUACCAGAGGCUUGGACUUGGAGUAAGAGGAGAGAUUGAUAUCGAGAGUAACUAUGGGAAAGCCCACAUAUGGCUCAUGUCUAAAGAGAAUUAG